AAAGGUACUUAUUCCGCUAAAGGUGAUAGUGCAGGAAAGUAUGAAUUCACAUGGCAAGGUAUUGAUGAUGCAAUCGUCGGAAAAGGUUUCAAAAAUGGUGCAAAAGAUCGUGUUUUCACUUUUGAUGGUCAAUUUGAAGUCAGUGGAAAUGGUGCUUAUUUGGCUCUCUAUGGUUGGUCAGUCGGCAGCAAAUGCGUUGAAUAUUACGUUGUUGAUAAUUGGGGUCAAUAUCCUCCUUGUGGAUCGGACAGCAAAGGUACACUCCAAAGUGAUGGUGACACAUAUACCUUUUGCACCGUGAUGGGCGGUCCAUGUGUUGAUAAUUCAAGUCAAAAUCAUAUUCAAUAUUGGUCACGUCGUCAUACAAAACGAUCAAAAGGUACAAUCACUUUUGCGAAUCACGUUUCUGCAUGGGAAAAAGCUGGAAUGGUUUUGGGAACUUUGAGUUCUCCACAAAUUUUGGCUGUUGAAGCAUAUGCUGGCUCUUCUGGUUCUGCAACCAUUACGAUU